GGCUCACUUAAAGGACGUUGAUGGCGUCGUUAACGAUAGUUUGUUCGGUCUGUGCACUUGUUAAUCACCAACGAAUCGCUGUCGAUAGAAUUGCAAACUGAAGAAUUUUAAUAAUAAAUGUAUAACAACUACAAGAAAUGAGGUGGUGACCUGUUAUUGUUAACGAAUGUAAAUUAGAAAUGUGAGAUUGCAUUCGAGGUUUUUAUAUUAAAGAGAACGGGCAAGUAAUUUAUUCUGGUUUUCGGCAAUCGAGAUGGCAACUGAUAAAAGUACAGUCAGUCUGAAAGAGACGAAAUGUGUUAGUGUUAUGAGGGAGCCGUUUCCAAAGGCCCACGUACGCGAAUCUACUGGUGAAAGCAAAGUGCAGAUGAUUAAAGGUGGCCUGUUCCUUGGGUCUGUAGCCACAGCUGGGAUGCUAGCAGGUUUUGGUACAACUCUUGCCAUAGCAAAAAAGAAAAGUCCUGGAUGGUUCAAUAAGGGAGUUAAUGCAACUAUUGCUGUUCCUGAAAGUGGGACAUUACUGGCUUUGAGAGCCCUAGGCUGGGGUUCUCUUUAUGCUUGGUGUGGGGCUGGUUUGCUUAGUCUUACAAUAUGGAAGGCUUUAGGAGUACACAGUAUUCAUUUGUCUGGAAGUAUGAAUAAGGAACAGGAAGGCAUAACUAAAAGUGAACAUUUUCCCAGAGACCUAUCAUGGCCAGUAUUUGCUCAGCAGAUGGGAGCAGACGCCACAGGAAUGUGUUGAGGUGGGCUCGCUGUGAAGGUGAUCAGCAUAAUGGAGUAGAAGAACCGCAGACCAAGGCUCCCUUGUGAAGAAAAGGGAGAAAGAUUCCCCAUCCAAUUGUCCUAAAAGGAAAUCUAUAAUUUAACUUUAAAGCUAUCAGUACUUCACAUGGGCUCUUUUGGCCCACUCAUCCACUCCGAGCAACUCUGGUCUGACUGUCAAGUCAUCAGUGCCCCAAAUCUGUUCAAGCCUUUGAUUAAUAUCAUAGUUUGAUAUUGAUGGAUUAGGGAACAAGGAAUGAUGGUGGAAAGGCCAUGGCAAACAUUCAAAGAGCGUAUGGAAGACUUGAACAUGUGUUCAUUCCUGUCUAACACUCAAGUAAAAUGGGCAAGAUAGCAAAACCAUGAAUUACCAGGUAAAUUAGAUAACCAAGGAAGAGGUGUACAAAUUGGCCAGGAAAAAAAAGACCUGUGGAGAGGGAUUAAUUUAGAAUUCAGCAAAGAAAGACAGAUAGUGAUUGACUUAAGGGAAAAUAUUGAGUGUAAGUUUCUGGGGCAUAAAAACUGACUGUGUCAAAGUUUUUUAGGUAUGUGAAGAGAAAAAAGAUUGAAGACAAAUGUAGGUCCUUUACAGUCAGAAAUUGAAAUGUUAUAAUGGGGAAUAAAGAAAUUGCUUACCAGCUAAAUACAUGCUCUGGUUCUAUGGUCACAAAGUAGGACACAAACAACAUAACAGAAAUGUUAGGGAUCACUGGAUUCAGUUGAGAAGUGUGAAGUGAAUGAAAUCUGUAUUAGUAGGAAAUGAAGUUGGGAAAAUUGGGAUUAAAGGCUGAUAAAUUUCCAAGGUCUGAUAAUGCUCAUCUGAGUAUUUAAGGAAAUGGCCAAAAAUAGUAGGUGCUUUGGCUGUCUUCCAAAAUUUUAUAGACUCUGCUACAGUUCCUACAAAUUAGAGGGUAGCUAAUAUAACCUCUCUAUUUUUAAAAUAAAAAAAGGGCGGUAGAGAGAAAACCAGUUGUAGACCAGUCAGCCUGAUGUUGACAGUGAGAAAAAUCCUCCCAUUGCUUAUCAAAGACUUAAUAGCAGAGCACUUGGAAAACAGUGGCAAGAUCAAAGUCAGCAUGGAUUUUUGAAAGGCAAGUCAUGUUUGACAAAUCUUUGAGACUGUGUAACUAGCAGAGUUGAAGGGGGGUGCUAGGAUAUGAUUUAUAUGGACUUUCAGAAGGCUUUCAAUAAAGUCCCACAUUAGCGAUUACACUAAUCCCAGUCCUUCACUUUUAUAGCACUGAGAUAGAUAGAAAACUAGUUCACUGACAGGAAACAAAGAAGGAAGAAAUGGGUCUUUUUGCAAAUGGCAGGAAGUGAUUAUUGGGGUACCACAGGGAUCAGUGUUAGGAUCCUACAUAUUAAUGAUUUGAAUGAGGAAACUAAAUUUAAUAUCUCAAAUUGGAGAUGAGUCCAAGCUAGAUGGGAGAAUAAGCUUUGAGGAGGAUGCAUGGAUGCUUCUGUGGGAUUUGGACAACCUGAGUGAAUGGGCAAAUAGGCAGACAAUUAUCUACCUGUAAAUUAAGAGAAGGCAGUGUGCAACCAGACCUGAUAGCAGCAUAUCGGUACAGCAGCUGGUAAAGAGUAUAAAUGGUAUGUUGGCCUUCAUAGCAAGAGGAUUUGAGUACAAGUGCAAAGUUAUUUUCCUACAAUACUACUGGGCUUAGGUGAAACCAUAUCUGGAAUAUUUUGUACA